AUGAAAAAGAAUACAACACGUGCUAUCACCGAAGCCACAACAAAGAUUACAAAUACUGAGAACGAGAGGGAACACCAGCAGUCCGGAAACGACACUGACUGGACUGUAAAUGAAAAGUAUCACCAGCAUUCCACCUUUGUUACCGAGAAACACGAAAUCAAAUCGGAGCAGCUUCCGCAGUGCGGGGGGCUCCCGCACAGAGAAAGAGAGGAAGAGCGAGAAACUAUCGCUGGUCCCAAGCUUGAGAGUGAGAAAGAGACGGAAGAUAGCCGCGCAUUCGAUAACUUGUCACCAAAUACGAAGAAACGACCACUUGAUUACAAAGUUUUGAAGCAGACUCAAGUGUUUUCAGGCAAGAAAUGGGGCACUAUUCACUUCAUCAGGGACUUAGACCCCGCCCUAUCAGAACCAUUCAAAAACUCGAGACCCUCUGUUUCUGCGCAGCAUGAUGCUCUUCUACAAGAAAAUCUCACAGACUGUGGAUUCUGCCUGGCACAUCCCAAGUUUCCCGCUGGAGUCUACUCGAAGAUCGACGUCAAGCCGCUUAAAACAUACAAAAAUACUGAUGAUUCGAUAGUAAAUCGUCCAUUCGAAGCCAUUGUUCAAUUCGGUCUGUGGCGAGACGAGCAAGAUUUUUGA